ACGACGGCUUUACCUAGAGAACGCUAACCAUAGUUUGUAACACUGUGACUCUGUGAGCAAGCUGCUGGUUUGCUUGAAAUCAUGGCUGCUGCGGUUGCUGUUGAUGUUGAUCUUCUUUCAUGGAAAAUUGAAAUUUUAAAACUGACGGUUUCCAUCAUUGGUGUAUGUGGUAUGGGAAGAGUUGGAAAGAAUACUUUGGUGAAGAAUUUGAAUAAUGAACUCAUAAAGACUAUUGCGUCAGGGUCUAAACUGUCUUUUGGUCUUGUGGUAUGGGUUACAGUUCCCAAACCGCCAAUAGACAUAAACAAGGUUCAAACAAAAAUUGCCAAUAGAAUAGACGUAAAGGUUGAUGUCAACAAAAGAGUACAAGACGUUGCCAAUAAAAUUCAUCAAAGACUCACGCAAGAAAUGAACUCAGUUCUUAUACUGGAUCAUGCUUGGCAAAUGAAAACAUACACCGAAACAAAGGUGUUCACUAUGAAUGAGGAUGAAUCUUGGCAACUGUUUGUCAAAAAAGCAGAAGAUAAUGCCUCUUUGGAGCAUAUUCAACCAUUUGCAAAGGCAAUUGCAAGAGAGUGCAAUGGUUUACCUUUAGCAAUUGUUGUUAUUGGAGCAUCUGUGAGGGAAGAAGAGGGUCGAGUUGUGGAAAGAAUCUUUAGAAUCACUUGGAAUGUCCAAACCUCAUAACAAAUAUGUCAAAAAGAGAGGUGACAUUCAAAGUUGUUUCUUGUAUUGCUCCUUAUAUCCGAUGACUAUUCCAACAGAUGAUCUCAUACACAUGCCGAUGGGCAGAUGGGUUACUUGGUGAACGUAACACAUGAAGCCUACAAUACGGGAAUCACAAUGAUUGAGAGUCUAAAAGAUGCCUGCUUGCUUGAAAUGUAUGAGUUUGAUUCUGUGAAGAUGCAUGACGUUGUUCAAGAUGUUGGGUACAUGGAUAGCUAAUUCCUUUGGGUAUGCACACAAUUCUCUUAUUCAGGAAGGACAUGGAGAAGCUAACAAAGUUCAGAGAUGCUAUGAAGGAGAAGGUGGAUGGAGCUGAGAGAGAAGGCUAUAAACCAAAACCAGAUGUUUUGAAGUGGCUCAAGGAUGUUCAGAAGCUGGAGAAUGAAUGGGAGUCUAUUCAAGAAAGCAUUGCAAUGACGAAGAAGCUUGCAUAAAAAUGCUGUCCAAAUUGCUGCCUUCAGUUGGAAGUCUCCACUCAAGCACAAAACCCGUGAGAUCAACUUGUAAGCUUAUAGAUAUUGGAGAAAGCUUUGAAUCCAAUUUGAUGGUAGAAUAUUACCCGAUGAAAAAAAGUUGAGUUCAUCUCAGGACCAUCAAUAGAAGGCCAGUCAGCAGCAACAAGGAAUCUCAACAAAAUCCUACAACUAUUAGAAGAUGAUGAGGUGGGGAUCAUUAUGGGAGGAGUGGGAAAGACUACUUUGGUGAAGAAUUUGAACAAUGAGCUUCUAAAGACUACCGCGUCAAGCUCCAAACUGCCUUUUUAUUAAAUUGGAUACUUCAUCAAUUCUCAAUGGAGACCACACAUGGAUGACUAGAUUGAAAAGAUUCCGCAUUGAAGUUGGGGAAGCUCCAAUACCAGUAAAAUUCAACAAGUCAGCAAGGAUGAUAUAUGCAUAUCUCCAAUUGUGAAAGUUUCAGCAAGGGAGAGCUCUCGGUGAAUAGGCGUGUCAGAGAAAUCUGAGAGUUCAAGCAAGAUUUGUUAGUUAGCUUCACAUCAUGGCUCACUGG